UUUCGAUCGAUCUUCGAAGUUGGUAAAGUGCACAAGUUGGUCCUGUGUGAUAUAUGCACUUCGGCAAGGAAGAACUUUGCGCAGUGUGUGUAUAUAUAUAGGCAUGCUUCGUUUGAUUAACACACACUGGUUUUUAUAAAGUUACGCUUCUUCUUUCUAGAAAUUAAAAAAAAUAUCUUACUACGCUUCGGCAAGGAAGAACUUUGCGUAGUGUAGACUUUAUUGACUAGCCUGACGAAUUAGAUAGAUAAUUCUGCAAAUCUGAACGCCCAACGACUUAAGUUCCAAUAUACUUAUGUGUUUUUUUUUCAGUCCAAUGUUUUAAACUACCGCGAAGAAAUUUGUACGGUUCGUAGUGUGUAAACCAAUUCCGUCGUUUCGCGAGGUGACACUUUGUGUAAUCCAGAUCUAUGAGUUCUGCUACUAAAAAACUGUUAAACAUUUUAACCGAUCUCAUAAAAUUAAUCUAACCUGAAACGCUUGCCUAGUCGUUUCGGCAAGGGAGAACUUUGCGUUGCGUCUGUGGCUUUGAUCCUAAUUUGUAAAAUACGUCCUCGAUGGAUAAUUCUACUGACUCUGACUCGUAGUCCACAUUUACUAGAAGAACAACAAACCUGAAGAAGAAACCACGAUUAUUUUUUCUUAUCGUCAAGUUAAACGUAGGGAGAUCAACAAUAAGCCUAAAGUAAUUACUACUUCUGUCAUGUCUGUCCGUGGGCAAGCUUUCUGUAAGUCAUCAUACUGGGACUUAGAUGUUACUUGGUAUGCAGAAUGGCCAGAUUUCACUCCCUGUUUCCAUACUACUGUCCUUGUUUGGACUCCUUGUGUUCUGUUGUGGCUUUUGACUCCGAUCGAAGUUUAUCUAACGAAGGCCUCCAGAAGACAAAGUCCUGUUUCUUGGACCUUUCUCGGCAUCACAAAAGUGGGACUUUGUCUAUUGCUUCUUGGUUUGUCCUUUGCAGAGUUAGCACUGUCCUUGCAGCGCCAUUUUCAAGAGCAAUUAGUAUACAGUGCGGAGUUCUGUUCAACUGGCACGAAGAUUAUUACGUUUCUUCUGGUAUUAUUUCUGCUAAUUAAGGGGAAACGAGACGGGAAAAAAUCGUCUGGUAUUUUAUUAAUUUUCUGGUUCUUCCUAAGUCUUUGUGGUCUGUUUUCAUACAGAUCAAUUCUACACCAUGUAUUUUGGGAAGACAGUUUUUGGACCCCUCCACAAGAAUUUAUUUUGCAGAUGCUUUACUUUCCUAUCGUAUUCUCUGAGCUUAUACUUUCUGGGUUUAAAGAAUCAACUCCAAGUGAUGAAGGACAAAUAUCUGAGGUUAGUGAACAUUUCACCAACUAG